CAUGAGAAAUAUUAUUAAAAUCACAGUGUGCAUUUUAGUUAUGGUCAACAGUACAUAUAAUGUAUGAUUUGAUUUUACAGACUGUUAUUGAAGAUGUAGAGAAAAUCUUGGAUGAUGCAGAUGGUAUAACCUCAGUACAUGGCAGGUACUACCUCCUUGCCAGCCAGUUUUAUCGCCUGCAAGGGAAGCACGCGGACUAUUACCGGACAGCACUAAGGUACCUGGGUUGUGUGGAACUGUCUGAUCUGAGUCCAAGUGAACAGGAACAACAUGCUUUUUUCCUUGGUCUUGCUGCCCUUCUUGGAGAAGGUGUAUAUAAUCUUGGAGAGUUGUUGGCUCACCCAGUGCUGGAAACUCUUAAAUCUACAGACAAAGCAUGGUUGGUAGACCUCCUGUAUGCUUUCAACACUGGAGACAUUGUUCUGUUUGAGAAGAUGAAGCCCCAGUGGUCCAGUAUUGCUGACUUGGCAGCACAGGAGCUAAAACUACGACAGAAAAUUUCUCUUUUGUGCUUGAUGGAAAUGACAUUCAAACGACCUGCCACACAUCGACAAUUAACAUUUGAAGAGAUAUCUCAAGAAACUCGAUUGCCUGUGAAUGAGGUUGAAUUGCUGGUGAUGAAGGCUCUAGCACAGGGAUUGGUACGUGGUGCUAUUGACCAAGUGGCCAGUAAUGUCCACAUGACAUGGGUGCAGCCCAGAGUGCUAGACAAACAACAGAUCUCAUCCAUGGUCCAGCGUCUGGAUUGCUGGUGUAAGGAUGUCAAUUCUAUGGAGCUGCUUCUAGAAACUAAGGCUCAUGAGUUCUUAACUUUGUGAAGUAUUGCUUGUGCAGGAAUGAGGACAAUUUUCAUAUUUAAUUCCCAAAACUACAUUUGUAAACAUGUUUAACAUUAGUAAGGAUAAGAGUAUGUAUCUUUACAGUGAGAUAUUAAAAAUGUUAUGCUAACAGAUGCAAAUGCUUUUCGUUUCCAAGAGGUGAACACAAGUAUUGGCUGUUCCAUAUUCUAUUCUGUUUGCUUUAAUAAUGAAAUAUGUUUAAUGGAGAGAUAACGCCCAUUUGCAUGAGCUAUCUCCAUAAUUGCUCGGUGGACUUCUAUGAAAAUGGUAGUUGUCUACAAUAAAGGUUGAUGGAUUAA